UUUACAUUGAUAUGCCUGCUUGUUUUUUAUCCAUAAUAAUUAUUUUAAACGGGGUUUUAAAAAGUGGUCAUUUGAGAAUGUGUUGAAUAUGUGGAUUAAUUAGGUUUUAAAUGAUAAAAAUAAGUGUUUAAGCGUAACAGAACAAUAAAAGAAAUUUAACUUAAACAAGGAACUAAUUUGCUUCUGAAUACAGUGCAGGUUGAUUGACCUCGGUUUUUAGUGAUCAGUGGUGCAUGUACUUAAAUGACGGCGAUAACCUUCAAAAAAUCAAAUGACGGUGUGGUGAUGACAUUAAAACAGUUGAUCGACCAAUAACAAAAACUCAACUCGAACUUUCGAAUUGAAGAACGUUUUGGUUUAUUUAAUUAUACCUUGAACUUCCAUGAGCAAUUGCCAUGGCAUCAAAGCAGAUUCAGUGUGAAAUAUGCUGUAAUGAGCAUGCAGUUGGAUAUUGCAAAACUUGUGGAUACGUUGGUGAAACAUGUGUUAAUAUUCACAAAACAGGAAAGAUGUUUCAAACUCAUACUGUCAUUAUGCAUGAGGCUGUAAAAAAGCAUACAGAUAGUUCAGAAAAUCCAAAUGUCAAAUUACGGGACAUCACAGAAGAAAGAUGUAAGCAGCAUCCGACAGAGAGAGCUAUAUUUCUGUGUAAUAUUCAUGAUUCCAUGAUUUGCGGCCGAUGCAUACAAUCGGAACAUAUUCCUUGUGUAAAAGAAGUCGUUGACUUGUUGCAUGAAGUAGAUAAUAUUAACUGCGAGAAAGUCAACACAAUGAAGGCAUUGUUGAUGGAGGUACAAGAUGAAAUUCUGCUUUUGAAAGAUGAAGCAGAACUUAGUAAGGAGAUUCACAAGAAAAAUGUUGAUAAAUGUGUGCAAGAAUGUAUGGCAUUAGGUCAUAAAAUUAAACAACGUGUAGAUGAAUUGACAAGUGGAAUUAGAGACGGAAUAAAGGAGAAGCAUAACGAAAACUUGAUCACUCAUUCCCAUAUUACUAAAAUGUGUGAUGAGAAAACCAAGUGGUGUCACGAUGAGGAAAGUAAAAUUGAUGAUUUUGUUGACAAUAAUAUGACUGGACACUUGUACCUUAUGAGCAGACAUUUUGAGAGAGCGGUUUCGGAUGCCAGAUCUUACCUUAAAGAAAUCAAAAACAAACAUGCUUUUAAAGGGUUCGACUUCAAAGAAAACAAUGUAAUUUUAAAAUGCGUGUUUGAGGAUUUGGAGGAAGUUUGUGAACAUCAAGUAGAAGUAACUGGGAGCGACGAUAGAAAUGCCAACGAUGUUUGCGCAUCCACCACAAAAAUAAACAAGACCCGGCGGGAGCACCUUGCACUGCUGAGUCAAGUCAAGCAAGGCUUAAAUCAAUCAGAAAAGACAAGGAAUACACUUUUUGAUGAGAUGAAACAAGUGAAACAAGACAAAGAUAAUUCAGAAAAGAAAAGGAAGAUUCUCGAGCAAGAAUUACUUAAAGCAAAACAGGACAUAGAGGAAUCUGAAAAAACCCGGCGGGAGCUCAUUGCACUGUUGGAUCAAAUCAAGCUAGAUUUAGAUCAAUCAGAAAAGACACGGAAUGCACUUUGUGAUGAGCUGAAACAACUGGAACAAGACAAAGAUAAUUCAGAAAAGAAAAGGAAGAUACUCGAGCAAGAAUUACUGAACGCGAAACAGAACAUAGCGAAAUCUGAAAAGGAAAGAGCGGUAGUUAAGGCACAGUUUUCACAGUUCAGAGACAACAGCAAGUGGACUCAACCAACUGGAACUGUCGAUGUUAAGACCAGCACUGAAGUAUUCCCUAGGGAUCCCAUUCACCUUUGUUUUACAUUCCCGGAUGGCGUUCAGACGGACAGUAUCCAUGUUCCCUGCCCGACGCCCUCCAUUACAGUUGGGACGUUGUCCUGCCAGGCUUCUUCACCCAUCAUGCCAACCAGAAUGGUCAAAUAUUGUUCAAAACUUUGACAGAAAUGCGGUGUCAUCGUAGUUCUGAGUAUGUGAAGAGCACUCAGGACAACAAGCAGUUUAUUUGUUUGAUGAGACUGAAUUGCCGAGGAAGGGAGCAGACACUGUUGUGAGCAUGAUGAUCACUACUUCAAGUACCAUGAUCUGGAGAAGAAAAGCCGAAAUUGGCAGUUUGGUCCAUGAAAAAGCAGGUCGAUAAUAAAAUGUUCACGUUAAUUCCUAUAGUAGAGUACUUUAAAGUUGAAAAUACUUACUUAACAGAAUUGAGCCUUAGAUUUUCAAGAGUACUCACUUAAGUGUUAGCCUUUUUGUUGUUGUCAGUUAAAUGCAGAAGAUAACCUUGGUUAUAACUUAAGUUUUAAAAUUGAUAAAAAACAGCUUUGCAUACAUGUAUGUAAUUUCUAUAUUACAUUUCAAUUUUCCAACAAUGUUAUAAAAAUAAACGCUAUUUUAAGUAGUCAAGUAGUCAACUCCUCACAUUUGUCAAAACACUUGCAUGAUAUCUUUAUCUUUACAUUAGCUUGUUUUUUGUGUGCUUUGUGUAAUGUCAAAAUAUGACUGAACAAGAUAUGAUUUCUAUCAAUCCAAACUUUCAGCAAACAGGCCUGGCUUUGUGCAGUACAUGUUUGCUGCAUUGGAUAUGGUGUAGUUUACCUUGAUUAAAAAAAGUAGUUGUUGAACCUGAACUCCUUCCAAAAUCUGCAUCAAGGCGAUGGAUCUUGAAUUGCAGUGGUAUUAAAAUGACAAGAUCAGAGAAUACAGCAGAUUUGACAUUGAUAAAGACAUUGUGCCCUAGACAGCCUCAACCAAAGCAUUUAACAAACUGUAUAACCUAUGUUUAUUGACAAUGUACUAUGUACACGUCGUAAUAUUAAAUAGUUCUGUCUGUCUGUCCUGUUAAUUAACUUUUUAGAGCUGUUUAUUUAGUGUUUAGACUAGUGUUUACCAUUCAGAAAUAGGUACUAACAUUAUUUCUCAGUUUAAGAAAACUGUAGGAAUUCGAAACUGAUAUUUAACUGUAACUAUGGAAACAAACCUUGGCUUUAGCCGGGUUUAAGAAAGACAGGGAGGUACAGAAAAGAGACCGGUUUCCAUGUGUCAAGAGGGCACCCUUCAUUAAGCUGCUCCAGUCCCUGAUUAAAUGACUAUCUUGUUUCAAUAGGUUCUGUUGUUGGCAUGACAACUCAUAAUCAUGUGUCUUUUCGCUUGCGAUAUUCAUCCGAAGGCGUUCUAAGUCAACUUUGCAAUAAAAGGUUAGCUUAGCAAAUGACCUGCGUUUCCUGGCACUUAAAAUAAGCACUAAUCAACAGCGUCAGUAUUAACCCUCAUACAAUCACGCACGAUUUCUUUUAAACCUUGUAAUGUGACUUUCUUGUUUAACUGUUCAACACAUAUUUUGUUGGUAAAUGCCCUAAACGAGACAAAUACAAAACAAUCACACAAUAAAUCAUUAUGUUUCGUGACAUUAGGCGAUUUGGUUAUAUUAAUUUUAGUUUGGAAAGUUUAUAGAAUAAUCUUAAUAUCCUGUGAGGAAACCAGUGACCAAUUUGAAAGGUCAUUAUGAAGUAAUUGGUGGGAAUUUAAAUGUUUGAAGUAAGAAAAAUGCUAGCUUUAUCAUUGAAAGAGAAAAACAAUAUCAUCUGCCCAGCACAAACACAAACUGAUACUAAUAGCGAGUAAUUUUUAGUUUGUUAACGUGUUCGCCAUGUUCAGACCGUCUUUGAGCAUUUAAGAAGUCACAUGAUCUACCCUGUGUGUUCAACAGCGCAAUUAAGGUCAUUGUAGGCCGUUUGCUUGAUUAAUUUGCUUUCAUGUGAUCAUCAUAUUCGCAAGGCGAUUGAGAUUUGUGUUUAUUAAUAAAGAUCAAGUUUUAUGUCAAGCAUUUCCGUGAUACUGUUUUGUCAUCAGGCAAAUUAGAUUUUCGACCUUUGUUGCAAGAAAGCUCAUCGUAACAUACAUCUAUACUGUAUCGGUUAAAGUUAUGUUCGAUGUUGCCCCAGUUUGUUGUCCAAUUAAUUUGCCGAAUUUCCAGUAAGUUGAGUGUUUAAUACAUGUGGAAAGUCGGGUUAUAUUUUUCCCAUUUGAACCUAAAAAACGUGGACACCGUCACUAGGUGUCAGAUCAUAUAUAAAUGUUCUACUGACGAAGUAGAACGGAAUAAAAUGCUGAAAAGUACAUUCAUUCUUAGUCAUAUAACACAAUAACAUUUGUGGUACUGAAAUCGAAGAUGCUGAACACGUUGUUAUCAAUUAUAGUCGUUUAACUACACAAAGACGUCAGGUACUCCUUCAAACUAGGCAAUAUAAGCAACUGAAUGCCUAUAAAAUACUAAACGGCUACAGUAAUCUUAGUGACGAACAGAAUACAUACAUUAUUCAAAGAGUGCAUACAUAUAUUGUUGCAUUUAAAAGAUUUAAGACCACUGCAGUUCAAUAGGAUGCCUGUCUACCAUAACACUUGUAGGUCUAGCCCAAGUAGACGUGGCGACAACAGAUUCGUUUCAGAUACCAUUUCUCUUCCUAUCUUUCUCCCUUUCACUCUAUUUCUUCCGCUUACUGAUUUCUUAAGCCAAACUCGUACUUAUUCGAACUAAAAAUUUGUAACCAUUACAAGUUACUAUAUUAACAUGCAAAUAGACAUUGUAAAUUCUAACGAUAGUCUGACACAUUUCAUGGAGGGCCAUUUUCUAAUAUUGUCAUUAACUUGUGGCCCAACCCAAUUGUACAAUAAUAUUGUUUGUCGUAAAUAUGUAUAU